ACAAUCAUAGACGUCAUAUAGAGGCGACGUGCAUGCGUACUGCGCGUGCGCAAUGAUAGGAGUCCUUGGCUGGUCGGCCUGCUGUAGGUUACUGAUCCGGUGAGGGGACACAGACAAAAUGCAGAGCUGGACUCAGAUAUACCGCUCUCUGGCAACGCGGAGCCACCACCUUCCCUGCAAACUGCACGGAGCUGCAGCUCUGUCCGUCAGAACCUACGCUGACAAAGCAGCAAUUGAUGCAGACAUCACAGUGGUGGGCUCCGGUCCAGGCGGCUACGUCGCUGCCAUCAAAGCCGCACAGCUCGGCUUCAAGACAGUGUGUGUUGAGAAAAAUCCCACGCUGGGUGGGACCUGUCUGAACGUCGGCUGCAUCCCCUCAAAGGCUCUGCUGAACAACUCCUACUUGUACCACAUGGCUCACGGCAAGGACUUUGAAAGCAGAGGCAUCGAAAUUUCAGGCCUCUCGUUGAACCUGGAGAAGAUGAUGGCCCAGAAGAGCGGAGCGGUCAAAGCGCUGACCGGAGGAAUCGCACAUCUAUUCAAACAGAACAAAGUGACCCAUGUCAACGGUUAUGGGAGGGUGACUGGUAAGAACCAGGUGACGGCCGUAGCAGCAGACGGCAGCGAGCAGGUCAUCAACACCAAGAACAUCCUCAUCGCCACCGGCUCCGAGGUCACGCCCUUCCCCGGGAUCCACAUUGAUGAAGACUGCGUCGUGUCGUCAACAGGAGCUCUGUCCCUAAAGACAGUUCCAGACGAGAUGAUUGUGAUCGGAGCCGGAGUCAUCGGCGUGGAGCUGGGGUCAGUGUGGCAGCGUCUGGGCUCUAAAGUCACAGCAGUGGAGUUCCUGGGACACGUGGGCGGCAUGGGCAUCGACAUGGAGAUCUCCAAGAACUUCCAGCGCAUCCUGCAGAAGCAGGGCCUCAAGUUCAAGCUCAGCACCAAAGUCAUGGGAGCCACCAAGAGGCCCGACGGCAAGAUCGACGUGGCGGUGGAGGCGGCAGCCGGAGGGAAGAACGAGACUCUGACGUGUGACGUGCUGCUGGUCUGUAUCGGCAGACGACCUUUCACCCAGAACCUGGGUCUGGAUUCUGUAGGCAUCGAGCUGGACAACAGGGGCCGCAUCCCCGUCAACAACCGCUUCCAGACCAAAGUACCCAGUAUUUAUGCGAUCGGUGACGUGGUCGCUGGGCCGAUGUUGGCCCACAAGGCCGAGGACGAGGGCAUCAUCUGUGUGGAGGGCAUGGCAGGAGGCGCCGUGCACAUCGACUACAACUGUGUUCCCUCCGUCAUCUACACACACCCCGAGGUGGCCUGGGUGGGCAAGACAGAGGAGCAGCUCAAAGAGGAGGGCGUCCCCUACAGAGUCGGCAAGUUCCCCUUCGCAGCCAACAGCCGAGCCAAGACCAACAACGACACUGACGGCAUGGUGAAGAUCCUCGGCCACAAGGAGACAGACAGGAUGCUGGGAGCUCACAUCCUCGGAACGGGGGCAGGAGAAAUGAUCAAUGAAGCUGCUUUGGCCAUGGAGUACGGUGCUUCCUGUGAGGACAUCGCCAGAGUCUGCCACGCCCAUCCUACGGUGUCGGAGGCCUUCAGAGAAGCAAACCUGGCCGCCUCCUUCGGCAAAGCCAUCAACUUCUGAUCCGCCGGCCGCUGUCGCACCUUCAGUGUACAUAACAGAGGAGAAACAGGAAGCUGUGUGUGUCUGCGUCAAAACCUUCAUCCACCCCACUGGGAAUCCUCUGUGUACAUCCAAACUGUACCACAUUUAGUUCUAAUGUUAUUUAAAUGUUCUCAAUAAAAUGAUAAAGGGGGUUUUGGGCAGUAAAUAAACACCGACUGCA